AUGGCCAAACCAUACCUCGGAGAGAAGAAGAAGAAGAAGAAGAAGAAGAAGAAGAAGAAGAAGCGCAGAAAGAGCGCGCCGUGCGAAGCGCCAAAACGGGGCGACUCGGUGACGUUCGACCACUACACCCGCCCCCGCGAGCGGCCCUCUUCCGUGCUCCUCGGCGCACACGAGAAGAUCCGGGCGGAGCCCGACGUCGAGGCCGUACAGCCGGCCCAUGAUCUGGCCGAACUUUUCGAGCAUCAGUGA